GCUUGACCUUUAAAAUCAAGAUCGAGACUAUUAUAUUCAGGACAUUUAUCUGGUGCACAUAUUAAUUUAAGACAUAUACUGUUUCCAUAUAACUGCUCAUUAUUGAUUGCACAUUUGUGAUGAGAAUGUGUUUUGUUCGAAUUCUGGCAAUUUUCAUUUUGACAGUACAUGUGUGCAAGUCAGCAAAUGUGGCUACCAUAAUGAACACGUGUUACGCCUCGAACCAGAAGUUGUGUCACAGCAACCAGGCGACAGAGCAGAAAACAACCAAAUACAUUUGUCACAAUAAUGUAGCAUACAGUUGGUGUGAAAUCUUUGACCUUCUUUGCGCUCAUAAAUUAGAGGGAACGCACAUCCGGGUUACAACAAAUCCAGCGUGCAACACGACCCUUCAAGUACUUGGUUCCCAGCAGCCGAUCGCUCUCACCACUACACAUUCCCCACCUUAUUUUGAGACACACUUCUUCGCUGCAGCACAACACGGAAUAGAUGACCUUUUGUACUCAGCUAAUCGGUCGGGUGCCACUGUGGACGAAAUGAAGAAGAUAUAUACAAAACAGGAUCAUGCUCAAAAUAGUUAUGUUCGGAACACAAAGUGCUGGGCAUAUCCGCUUGAUUUAACCUCCAUAUCGCCGUGGAAUAGUGAAAGUGGCGACAGGAAAGCUGGAGUGCUGAUAAGCCCUAGGCACGCGCUAUGGGUGCGUCACUAUAGCAUGUCCGUCAACACAACACUCAGGUUUGUUGAUCGCCAUAACAACGUCGUGGAUCGUAAAAUAACUCGAGCGCAGGGGGUUCCCGUUAAUGGAUCACAGUUCUUAAGCGGAUAUGACAUGGUUGUUGGCGAACUUGACAGUGAUUUGCCGAGUUCGAUAUCUUUUGCAAAAGUCAUGCCAAGAAACCUUACCACAAUUCGACCUCCAUUUCACAAAGUACCAGCGAUGGACACAGAUUUUGAGGAGAAGGCUUUAGUGGCUGAUUUGAGUUAUGAGAGUGGAAACAUGGUAUCACUGACAGUCCCGGAAACGUCGUCCAUUCGGCACCUCUUUUACGAAGAUAAAAUCGUGGGAGAUAGCGGAAAUCCUGUUUUUCUCGUUGUGAACAAUGAGCUAUUGCUCAUGUUCAUGUUUACGUACGGAGGCGCUGGGUCAGGGACAUCUGUAACUGCUCACUUUAGUGAUAUCAACAACAUCCUUGCAAACUGGGGUUCAACGUAUCGCCUCACGGAAAUGGACCUCACGAGUUUUGCAGAAACCGGACAUGUUAACAUACCAAGUAUCAUCGGCUAGACGGCCUAUCUUGGACAUCUGUCGAUAACAUGUACUCAACUUACUCACAAGAAAUAAAUGAUUUGUCAUGAGAA